AUGGAUGAACAAAUAGAAGAUAGUAUGUAUUUGAAGGUAAAGAGGCGGUUUUUCGAGCGCAUUGGAGUUAUAUUCUCAGUGUUCAAUAUUGCCACUUUCCUGGAGUACUUCAAUUUACAAAUUUUACCCUCGUCAAUGCGAGGACUUGAAAUGUCUCUAUACUUUACAUCGAAAGAUAAUUCAAUGCUCAGCAUGGCUGAAAACCUAGGACUCGUCUCCUUCAUACCAAUUUGGGGAGCUCUCUGCGAUAAAAUCGAACUCAAAUAUAUUCUACUCUUUGGAGUUAUUGCAACAGGCCUAAUUAAUAUCUGGUUAUCAACAAUUUCAAACUACUCUCUCAUACUGAUCUUGCGUAUAUUCAAUGGAGGAUUGAUAGGAAGCGUAACCCCGUCAGCUCAGAAGUUCAUAGCGACGAAUAUGCAAAAUAAACUACCGUUCGGAUUUGGAAUUUUACAUGCAGUGAUGUGUUUGGGAAGAAUGAUUUCAGGCUUAAUUGCAACAAGUUUCUCAACUGAAGUCUACAGAGACAUUUACGGCUGGAGAAUUGUCAUUUUCAUUUUUGGUGCUACAUCACUGGCUCUUUCACCAAUUCUACUCUUAGUACCAAAAGUCAGACGUAUCGACAAUAACAAAAUAACAGAACAAAUCAGAAUCGGAGAUAAAAUCAAAAGAUUAGUAUAUUACUUAUUGUUCAUCACCAAAGAAUCAUUAAAUAAUGCCACAUCAUUAUUAUUAGCUUUAUUGAACUUUUUCAGUGAUGGCCCAUUUGUGGCGUUUAAUUACGUUACUCUACUAAUUCAGUACAUGAGGCUUUCAAAUGUCGUAUCGGCAGUUACUACGGGUUUAACUAUUUUGGGUGGAAUUAUUGGUGGAAUUAUCGGCGCUUUUAUUUCCGGUUAUUUCGAUCGUAAAUGGCCCAAACAUGGACUAUUAAAUUUUGGUAUACUGAAUGUUGGAAUAAGAAUAACAACAUUUAUGAUAUCGUUCUUGGUCAUAGAUGUGACGAACAUAGACCGACUGUACGGGUUGCUAGCCGUCUGCCUCAUCAUCAAUGGAAUGACAUUUAUGACCGUCAGCUGUGUAGAUCGCACUCUUCUCGCUAAUGUCGUCAUGCCUUCAGUUCACUCCUCAUCAAUUUCAAUUAUAAGAUGCAUUGGAGGAGUAUUAAGUGCCGUGAUAUUUAAUCCGGUAUUGGCAAAGUUGAACGAGUCUGUUUUCCACUUCCAGUCGUCAUCACUGGCAGUAAAACACAUGCCCUUCGAUCUCAUCAAAAAGAACUCAGACGCUCUCAGAUACUCAAUAUCAAUCAUUUCUCUAGGAACUACUGGUGUAGUAUUGCUCCUCUACAUUAUCAUACAUUUUACAUACGGAAAAGAUUGUGAAAAAAUAAAGAAAAGAAUUGAGAAGGAAUCUGGCUUAUUUGAAAUUAAGGAAAUUGGUGACCAAUCUCCAUAA